GCUUGGCAGCUUCUGUUGGGUCAGCGGCGUGAGGGAGCCGCCACUGCGUGUAGUAGGCCCAGCCCAGCCCGUUGUGCGCCCGCCCACUGGAGCUCGGCCGCUGUCCCCCGGCUGGUCCGGGGGAUCCGGGCAGCGCCUCGACGGCGGCUCCGCCGGACACGGGGACCGAGCCGCAGCCCACACCCCAAACUGGCGGCGUCAUGAGGCACUUGCCGUACUUCUGUCGCGGCCUGGUGGUGCGGGGCUUCGGCCGCGGCUCCAAGCAGCUGGGCAUCCCCACAGCUAACUUUCCUGAACAAGUAGUAGAUAAUCUUCCAGCUGAUAUAUCCACCGGCAUUUAUUAUGGUUGGGCCAGUGUUGGAAGUGGAGAUGUCCAUAAGAUGGUGGUGAGCAUAGGAUGGAACCCAUACUACAAGAAUACGAAAAAGUCCAUGGAAACUCAUAUCAUGCAUACCUUCACAGAAGACUUCUAUGGGGAAAUCCUCAACGUGGCCAUCGUUGGCUACCUGAGACCAGAAAAGAACUUUGAUUCUUUAGAGUCACUUAUUUCGGCAAUUCAAGAUGAUAUUGAGGAAGCUAAGAAACGACUAGAUUUACCAGAACAUUUGAAACUCAAAGAAGACACUUUCUUCCAGGUUUCUAAAAGCAAAAUACUGAAUGGCCACUGCUGAAAAAUCAUCUUAUUUAUUCAUUCAUUGUUUUCUCGUAUUUCACUGUUCAUAACUAAGUAGUCUCAUCUUGCUUACAUUUUGAAAAUCAAACAUUUUCCUACAGCUGUGAAUUAGUUUAAACAUUACAACGUAGUUACUAUGUCAUGCUUCAGCUGUAAAACCCAUCUUGCCACAGUACUAAAAAGAUUCAUUUAAAAAUCAAGGUUGUUUUUUAUGUAUUGUGUUAAUGAAAACUUUCAAAUCUUUUCAAAAUAGACCCCUAGAAAGGUCUUACAUUAUUAUGAAGGAAAUAAAGUGUAUAUAAAUAUGGAUGCAAAGGCAAGUCACUGGUUUUGAGCUGAGAUUUGUAAUUCUCGUGGUAAAAUACCAGCAUAUAUGUACUUACAUAGCACAUGCAGCUAAAUAGAGAAGGCUUGUGGAAGUAUGUGCAUUAAAAACAGAGGUCUGCUAGUUUAUUAUAAACCUAAAGGGAAAAGUCCAUACUUUGUGUUCUUGAUGUAUUAUAAUUUACAUAUUUUAUUAUAGACGUGAAAAUGUGAUGACAUUUCAUUUUAGUCAUUUCCUUCAUGAGUUCAAAUCAUUGUAUCUUCUUUUAUUUUCUUAUCAACCUGCCUCAAUUCUAAGUCAAUUCUUGACUCCCUCCUACCAUUUGUUGAUUGUUUUUUUUUAAGACAAAGAAAAAUGAAUGUUUUUCAAAUCUAUAGGUCCUAUUUUUUGUGUUGGGCAACACUUCUCUCCUUUUUAAGAGUAGAUAUACUUGUUCAACAUUUUUCUUGAUUUUGGUUCUUUUUUCCUUUAAGUGAUUGUCAGUAUCAGUUUUUGUCAGUUGAGAAUAUCUCACAGCUGUACACUUAAAAGAGAUUGAAUUCAUCUGUAACGUUUCAUCCUUUCACAAUAUGGACAGUGAUUACCGUGUGGAAAUGUAUUGCAUUUUUUGUUGGGGCAGGGGAGGGGGCGGACUUCAUCUUUAGGUUUCCUCAAGCUUUAAAUUAAUGCAGAGCAGGUCGUUUAUACACACCAGUUUCUUAAGGAACACAAAAAUGGUUCUCCCCUCCCGCUCUGGUAAACAGUUUAAGUGCCAGUGAAACUAGGAGAAAUAGAAAGUUAUUUAUUUUUAAUAUAUAGUCCUGAGCAAAUCUAAACUCUGUGCAUAUACAACUGUAACAAUGUAAUUCAGUGCCAGUCUAAAUAGUGCUUUUAGCUUGGGGAAAAGGCAUAAAUAAUAAAGUUUCAGUUAAAUAAACUUCAUCCUAUGUAUUUUUCCUCCUAACUAUAUGAUUUGUGGUCACGUGAGUCUUUUGUUUAUAUUGGUAGAAAUUUGAAAUCUUUGGAUAUUUAGGAAGUUAAGAUUGCAGAUUGGUUUGGGCCACUGAAGUCGUACCUUGCAUCAUUCACCUUAGCACUAGAUUUAGGGACAGGGGCAGUAUAUAGAUGGUAAUUUUAAAGAUGAUAGCAACUCAUUAUAAAUCAGUUUUCCCUAAAUCAGCAUUAACGAAUUAGAACUGACUUUAAUAAAAAUAUUUAUAAAGUAUAUAGAAAAAUAUCUUAACUCUGAUGUUAGAGUAGGGGGAAACAUGGAUAAAUUCAGUUGGAUUGUGUUUUACUUUAUGAUGUAUGGAUUUGUGGUAAACAAAGCAGUUUAUGGCUUUUACGUUUUUUUUAAUUAAAAUUUUUGGAAAAUGUAAUUUUAAAUGUUAGAAAUCCAGUACUUGAAAGGUGCCUAAAUUGUCAAUGGCUGUAUGAAGCAAAGUUAACAACAAGCAUGUAAAAUGUAAAAACAGGUUUGUGUUUGCUUUGUUUGAAUAGCUUGCUGCUAAUCACGUCCUCAUAAUUGUGAAAGUGCUUUGCUAUGUUAUUGUCGCCUUGUGUUUUGUGAAAUAGCCAUUGCUUUUGAAAACCUUGGUGUACCAUUUAGGGGUUAGGUAAUAGUAUUAAAUUUACAUUUUAAAAAGUUUUAUAUUAAGUAUUUAUUGUAGAAAGUUACAGUAGUAACAAUUUGAUUAGUCUGAAUAUUUUCAAGCACUGAAAUAAAUUUCGACUAAAGUGA